AUGUUCGAGGAUGCUUGGAUCGCAGGAGGAGACUUCGGCAACUUGUGCAGAGGAGCGCGCGAGCGCAUUGGCGACGCGCAGAACAAGGCCAUAGCUCCCCGCGGUACCGGAUCGGAGCUCAAGCGGCGCGUCUUCCGUGACGUCUACUCUUCGCGCAAAGACCAAGAACGCAUGGAGACCGGCUGGAUGCAGGCCCGGCCGGUUACUUCCUGCGGGAAUGAAAGCGUGCAAUCCCUCAUCUCAUCGUCUCACGGACUCCACCGCUCGCCCGCUCGCCCGCCCCCGACCGCCGUCCCAGCAACUCGCGACGCUGUCCGUCAUCUUGCCCUCAAGCCGCCGUGCUCUGUCUGCAAACACGCACGCCGUGCUCUGUCCACUCACCUCGCCUUCGACGCCGCAUCCUCGCGCUCUCGUUCAAGUUUGCCCACUCGUCUCCUGCCUGCGCUCUCCUCAACGAAGCCUAUCUCAUCCCUUCUCGCCGUCCCCCACCUGUUUCUGCGAAUUCAGUCCGCGCUCUUACCCUCCAACACCAUUUCCAACCGUUUCGAGCUCCCACACAAGCCUGCGGCGCUCGCCAGACUCGGUCUCCAACACGUACGACCCCGGUCGUCUUCUUCACGGGCUUCGCGUACUCAAACACAUGCACGUUUCUUCGGCGCACUUCUUGCCAUCAACGUUAACGGCACCACCGGACUCUUCUUCACGCCCGCCCAAUGCGGCCAGUGGCAGAUCGUCCAAGGCGUCCUCCUCCAGCUCAUCGUCACCACCGUCGAUUUCAUUCUUAUCACACGCAAUGCCCACACUGUGUCUCUCGGCGCGCUCUUCUUGGCCGAGCUCGUAUCGCUCUGCUACAUCCUCGCAGUAGUGACCCCACGGCUAACAUACAACGACGCAUGCUAUGUCACCUCCAGCCCGCCCAUCUUCCAGUACUUUUGGGUCAUCUCGCUCCCGUUCGAGACCGUCCUCUUCAUGCUCACCAUCGGAAAGUUCAUCGACACCAUCCGCCAAGGCUGGGGCAAAGGCCCCGUCAUGCAGCUGUUCGUCGCCGACGAUCUUCAUCGUUAUGCUCGUCAACAUGAUGCUCUACAAGAUCGCCCGCUCCACACUCACGGGCAUAUGCUACACGUGCGCUCCCUCCUCUCUGACGCGCGACCGCCGUCGAUCUCACCCCACAUCCACAGAUGUCGUCCUCUCCUUUGCUGGAUCGCGCCUCAUCCUCAACCCCUGCCGCGCGCCGACGAUCCAUUCCUCCCGGGCGACAUCACCCGCAGCCAGCUCGACAUCGAGCUCUCGCGCCUCUCGCGCUUCUCCGCGCUGCCUGCGCGUGCCCCGCGGCACCGCGCGCACGGCAUCGCCGUCACGAUCGAGCGCACGACGACGACGGACAACUUGGAGGCGCACAUCAACCUCGACUGCGUUCCAGACUCUCCGUGA